AUGCUAAAGAGAGGUCAGGAGCAAGGUCUUCUUCGUGGCAUUGAGAUGUCGAGUCUGUCAGCUCCCCUAACUCAUAUUCAGUUCGUUGAUGACACCCUAAUAUUCUCUGAAGCUUCGAAUGAGAAAAUUGAGCACCUUCUCAUUGCUCUUCGCUGUUUCGAAGCGAUUUCGAGAUUACGGAUCAAUCUGAAUAAAUCAAAGAUUCUCGGUGUCAAUGUUCUGCAAAAGUCUCUCCAGAAGUUUGCUUCCACACUCGACUGCCGCAUCGAUUCCUUCCCAACAUAUUUUGUUGGUCUGCCCCUUUCAGUGGGAUCCCUGCCGAAGAGCAUGUGGGAGAGGGUAACCAAUGCCCGGGGUCGGUUCUUAGAGAGUAUGGAGAAAAUUCGAAGAGACUUCUUGUGGUUUGGUAAGGAAAAUCAGAGGAAGAUUCAUCUUCUAGAAUGGAAUCAGGUGUGCAAGGUUUUCAGAGAGGGAGUUGCGAAUGUUAAGAUUCUGAAGCUAAUGAAUUUAACACUGUUGGGGAAAUGGGCUUGGCGAUUUGCGUCGGAUCAAGAUGCCCUUUGGUCUUCGAUUGUUAGAGGAAAGUAUGGUGCUUCCCAUGGAAACUGGUGGCCUAAAGAUAAGUCACACUACAAGGUUUCUCAAAUCUGGAAAGGAAUUCUCAAAGCCAAAAACCAUGUAAUAGCUAACAGUAGAUAUGUGUUGGGCAAUGGCUCAGCGACUCAUUUCUAG